CUACAGCACUAGGCUUCGCGACUCCGAAUCACAGAAACGACUGGUAAGACGGCGAAUGUGAACAGUUGAAAAACGAGAAGAAUGCAGCAUGGGCGAGAAUGCUGCAACACCGUACGAGAGCGAAUGAGGCACGUUACAAACAGGCGCGGAACAGACAGAACUCAGUCUUCCGGAUGAAGAAGCGCCAGCAGGAAGAACGAGAUCGCGAAGCGAUGGAAGAGCUGUACCGCGCUAAGGACACACGAAAGUUCUACGAGAAGCUGAACCGCUCGCGCAGAGGCUUUGUGCCACAAGCCGACAUGUGCCGAGAUAAUCACGGGAAUAUUCUCGCGAGCGAGCGUGAGGUGGUCGAGAGGUGGUGGCAGCAUUACGAUGAGCACCUCAAUGGCGACGUUGCAAGUACCGAAGGUGGCGUGGUAACAGAUCUUGGAGUAUGUGCACAGGACGAAAGACUUCCGGCCCCUGACCUCCAAGAGAUUGAGCAGGAGGUUGGCCGGUUGAAAAACAACAAAGCCGCUGGAGCAGAUCAACUACCAAGCGAGCUUCUAAAAUACGGUGGAGAAGCACUGUUGAGAGCACUACACUGGGUCAUUACCAAGAUUUGGGAGGAGGAAGUAUUACCGGAGGAAUUGAUGGAAGGUAUCGUGUGUCCCAUCUACAAAAAGGGCGACAACACAGACAAACAGACGUAACACUUGCGAAAUUCCCAUCGACCACGCUUUUAACGAUCAUUUUAAAUUUUCAUAGUUGUGGCUUUCACAACCAGAGGCGCGCGCAUCGUUUUUAUAUGUGUUUGACGUUUCACACUAGCGCCUUCUGUU